ACGGAACGCCGGACAAAGACUCCGGAAUCGUACACACAGAAGCGGCGGUAUUAGCCAAAACGGGACUGCCGGUACAACCGAAGGAUAUCUACGAAGAAAGGAAAGGACGGUGCAAGCCGAGGGUAAUUAUCGGAAAGGUCUUGGUCGAACGGAACUAGCAAAGGGGUAAAGAAGACGAUACUGGAACCGUAGGAGACAGACCGUGGUGACAAACAAACAGAAGAAACGAGGACGAACGUAGCCGACGCAGGAAGAAAGACGGUGCAGCUCUUCUUGCUGACUGCGCGCAGAAGAGAACCUAGUUUAACGCGGGCUUUAACCAAUUCAAUUCAUAGGCUCGGGUUAAGCCAGGAUUUGUGGCUUAGCACUGAUGGUGUUUGCUACCACCACGAGAGAUUUAACUGUUUCUGCGGCAAACCGUCCUCGGACCACCGGCCAGGUAGAGGUGGAGGUAUACGAAGGCUACGAUAGUGGGCAAAACGUGUCGGCGCCACAAGAACCGACACCGAGCCUAUCUGAGAACAACGCCAAGUUACCUUUACAAUUGAGCCAGAAUAAUCGCCGCGAAGAAAACUUCUGGUUGGCGACACAGGAGGUACAUCAACAAUUAAGGCAUUCUGAUACGAGGGGCGCAGUGGCGGGUGAACUGGCUUGCCUCGCGGGUUACAUGGCGGGGUACCUGAAGGCUACCGGCGCCACUUGCGCUCCGACAAGUAGUCCUCAGUACCAUCCCCACAGUCAUCCAGCGAUGGGAGUCGGCACCCAUCCACAUCCGCAUUCUCAUCCGCAUCCAGGAGCCCCACACCCAGGACUACCGUCGCCGUUUGCACUCGCUACUCACGGUCAUCCGCAUCCUCAUCCCUUGGAACAUGGACUAGCCGCUUUUCCACAAGGAAUGAAUCAACGUAAACAACGCCGAGAAAGGACAACCUUUACCAGAGCACAAUUGGACGUGUUAGAGGGGCUUUUCACAAAAACAAGAUAUCCGGAUAUCUUUAUGCGCGAAGAGGUUGCGCUGAAAAUCAAUUUGCCCGAAUCGCGAGUGCAAGUGUGGUUCAAGAAUCGUCGUGCGAAAUGUAGACAGCAAUUGCAGCAGCAACAGCAGACUUCGCCCUCGAAAGGAUCGCCGAGGUCAAAUCAGAAUCAAAGCAAUAGUAGCAAUAGCAACAAGAUGCCGACGACCUCGUCGGCGUCAACCAGUAGACGCUCAUCGCCGGUUUCUCCACCACGCGGGAAAGAGGCACCCGGACCUAAUUCGCCUCUCUUAUCGACGACGUCGACGUACCCGCGUCUGGGUGUGACGCCAACCGGCGGAAGCGGAGCAAACAGCGCACUAACUACACCUUCUCCGCCGUUGACUCCGGGUGCGAGUCAGUUGCCGCCAUCGUCAUAUCCACCACCGAUGAAUCAACUUCAUCACAGCGAAUAUGGUUUCGCUUGGAGUUCAUCGUCACCCGGCUCGGUGAACCCGAGCCAAUGUUACGCUGGGCAGACCUACAAUGCCUAUCAGAAUCCGUAUACCGGCGGCGAUUACUAUCAAACUCAGAUCUCGCACGUGCAUCACAGCCCGCAAGGAAACUACCAUCCUCAAUAUCACCACAACAUGACAUUGACGUCUUCUAUGUCACACUUGACCAGCCAUCAUUUAAAUCCAACAGGCAGCAACGACAUGGCCGCUUCGUCCGAGUCCGAUGGUUAUAUACUAUCUGACCAGAAAUAUCAAGCGAUGGUAUAGCGGCCAGGUAGAAACUCUGACAUCUUUCACCGCACUCAGGAAACUACAGCUACUGGAUCCUUUGCCACUUAUAAUUAGAUCGCAAAUCUUUAUGCAGAUAUCGUGACACCUCAAAAUAUCCAAGGUAUAUACAGGAUAUAUACGAGAAAAUUCAUUUGUUGUUAUUUAACGGCGAAGCAAAUUUCUGUCCAGACUCCAAAAUAAUAUCCAUUUCUUGCUAAAUCUUAUCAAAUAAAUUUUCAUAAAGAUCCGCGGUCUACUAUCGAUUGCUAUCGAAAUAUAACGGCAAAUAACGUCAAAGCGUUAAAACCUAUUUCGGUAAUGAUUGACAGAGGCACGGAUCCUGUUCAGGUUCAUUUCCCUGUUUGACAAAAGAACAUUCGAAUAAGAUUAAAUUAUAUAGAUCACUUGUUGCAUAGGUAAGAGAAUUGAAAAACAUUGAUUGUAAUUACCUCUAUCUUCAUUAAUUAAUAUCUUACAAGACAUAAUUCAUAUGCCUGACUUUUGCGGUUAUCAUUGCGGGAGUAAUGUAGAGAAGGAGUAGAAUAAAACGACAAAGCUCCCGA